UGUUGCGGUCAAUGCCAUGCCAGGCGGCAACGGCUGGUCAAAGACCACUUCAAGUUGCAUUACCAAGUCCACUUGCUCCAAGGCAACUGUCCCUUACACUUCCAUCUUCACCAAGCCCGAGGCCUCAGUUUCCACUUGCGUGACCAGCUACCCUGUCACUCGCGUCGGUUCCGAGACUAAAGUCUACACGACAACCGAGGCCUCUUCUCAGGUUGGCGAGUCAACCAAGACGGUCUGGAGCACCGUCACCAAGUCCAACGUCUGGUCCACUUACACCGAGGUUUGUACCAAGCAGCCCAUUGUCAAGACAAAGACCUGGGUCGAGACCAAGCCUGUGGUCACUGAAGUUCCCGUCACCUCUACUGUCUGGGUGACCGAGACCAAGACCACUUUAGUCCCAAAGACCUUCACUGACUACUCUGCCACCACUGAGUACAAGACCGUCACUACCGAGAAGCCUUACACCACUACUGGCUACAGUACUGAGAGCAAGUGCAGCAGCACCACUUCUUGGUCUACUUGGGGCUGG